AUGGACGGCUUUCAACUCAAUGAUUUGGCUGCGAUGCUAAAUGAGUCCAUGGAAUUGGCAGAGAAAAGUGGAGCACAUGGCACUCGGGUUGCUGAUUCUAGUGAGAUGAGGGCUGUCCAGGGCUCUUCGAAGCAGGUGGUAGGCACAGCCCCAACCUCAACACCCGCCGCUCCCAUGAUCGAGGACACAUUUGGGAAGGGCUUCAAAGCGCCAGAGUAUUCUUUUGCAUACAAGCAACGAGUAGAGGCAGCAGAGGUGUAUGGAGGAUUUAGUGGCCAAACGCCGUCAAAUGCAGAUAGCCAAUACCUGGUUGUUCGCUUUGCUCUUCCAGGAGAGGAUGGGAAGGAUGUAGACCUCGAUGUGACCGAGACAACGCUGACCCUAUAUGCCAAGCAUCAUCGUCUGCACCUUACUCUACCUCACCCUAUUGAUCCUAAGAGCGUUAAAGCGUCAUUUACUAAUCAAACUCUAAGAGUGACACUUCAACGCAUAGACGUACUUUCUUUAUGA